AUGCGUUGCUACGGCUUUCUAGCGUUCCCAUCGCAGCAAGACAGAAUAGUCGGAGGAUCAGUAACCACGAUUAACACCUACCCUUUCGCCGUAUCGCUACAGGUUUCCUGGAACAAUGUACAAUUUAGCCACACGUGCGGUGGUACCAUCCUUAACAACCGUGCCAUGCUCUCGGCGGUACAUUGCUGGGUGAACAACAAUGUCGCAAGCAGAUUCCGUUGCAGAGCGGGUUCCACAAAUAGAAGCAGCGGUGGAUGGCAACACAACGUGGCACAGCUUAUUGGCCAUCCCCAUUACAGCCCCAGGAACCACGACAAUGACAUCGGCGUGGUCAGAGUCGCUACUGCCUUCCAGAUCGGUGCAGCCACCGUGCGAGCUGGCAACAUCGCUGGAGCCAAUCACAAUGUUCCAGACAACCGCGACGUUGUUGCUAUUGGAUGGGGAAGAACAUCUACAAAUGGAGCCGGUUCAGAACAACUGCGACACGUUGUCCUGAGGACUGUCAAUCAAGCCAGAUGCAAUAGUGACUUUAGUGGAAUCAUCACUGCCAACAUGUUGUGCGCGAACUGGCACGAUGGGUCUAGAGCCACCUGCAACGGUGACUCUGGCACUGGUCUCCUCUUGAACAACGUCGUCGUAGGAGUUUGCAGUUUCAUGGGCUGGGACGGCUGUGGCUCAACUCGCUGGCCUUCUGUUUUCGCCAGAGUUUCUAGAUACGCGACAUGGAUUCGAAACCAUGCGUAAAAUUUGCGAUUGUAUUUAAUAAAAUGAUUUUAUUCUAUACUUUGCGUGCCCACAAAAUUACCUCAAAAAGUGUUCUGAGGGCCUAGUGGUAGUUAGAUACUGUGGCGAUCGCGUAGACGUAAACGUUAAUUUCUAUGGAAUUGAAACAUCGCCAUCUGUUAGCACUAUUGCACAACAGGUCAAUUCUAUAUAAAGCCGCGUUUACGUUAACGCGAUAGUAACAGUAAGAAAAUAUUGAAAACUCCCACUAGGCACCCUGAACUCAAUUACUCUACUGGGCGCAAAUGCUCAAUUUUACUUGACAUCUUAAGACUUGCUCAUCUGGUGAAAAUAAGUGGAUAGUAUAAAAUCAUUUAUUUAAUAGUCAUUAUUGAUAAUGCGUUUCCGACAAAUAAAGUGAUCUAUGUAACUUUGAUGUGUGUUAAAUUAUAUUUAUUUA